GUUAAACGCAUGCAAGUGCAAAAGCAAGCGUCAGACGAAGCAGAUGCGUUACACAAAAUAAGGAUACUACAAAGAAGGAGUAUUAGACUUAACACACAGAGAUCUUUGCAAAGAUGUCACUCUAUGAUGAUUUAGAUGUGGGAAAAGAGGAAAAGGCUGACGUUGCUGCCGGCUGGUCAUCAAGCUACAAGCUGAUGAAGUCACAGCUGCAGGCAAAGAAAGCUUCCUUGAUUCAAACAAAGAGCUCCAGGAAGAGCCAUCUGGCUCCUGUUGCAGACUUCAAGAAAGGAUUGGACCAGUCUGAAGGCUCACUCAAGUUUAACAUGCUCACAGGAAAGCUGGAGAACGUGCCAGUGCAAGAGUACAGGAGGGAACGGGAGAGAGACAUGAUGCCGUCACUCGGUGGGUCUCCAUUCAUUGCGUCAGACCCGAUGCCGUCACUGACAGGGGUGAAGGACGAGUACAACCCGCUGCGGCCCAACGACUAUGAGGAGAUGAUGAAGAAGAGGAAGGAGCAGAAGUCGAAGGAGAGAGAGGAGGAUGAACGAAGGAGGGAUAGGGAGCCUCCAACGCCACGUGAUGAUAGGCGUCGGCGGGAGCCCAAGUCAGAGAGGGACGGUAUGGGGGAGAUGGAGAGAGGGGCCCGCAGACAGAGAGAGGAGGACGAGGAGGAGGAAUAUGAACGACCUGUCAGGAGAAAGCCAGAACAGAUGGGUGCAGCGAUAGCUCCACCAAUGUCAUUGCUAGAGGAACCGCCCAUCAAGAAGGAAGAUGAUGGCUCUUUAGCAGGGAUUACCAGUGCUGGAGGGUUGUCUGUAGCAGCCAAGAUCAUGUCAAAGUAUGGCUACAAGGAGGGGCAGGGCCUGGGAAAGUCGGAGCAAGGCAUGAGCACAGCACUUUUCGUAGAGAAGACGAGCAAACGUGGAGGCAAGAUUAUACACGAGAGGGACCUGCCUAAAGAUACUCCAAGAGAGGCUGUUACAAACGCGAACUUGUUGAGAAAUCCCACGAAAGUCAUCUUGUUACGGAACAUGGUGGGCCCAGGGGAGGUGGACGGAGAUUUGGAGGGGGAAACCUUUGAGGAAUGUGGCAAAUAUGGAAAAGUCAUCAAAUGUCUCAUAUUUGAGAUGCCUGAUUCACCUGAUGACGAAUGUGUGAGGAUUUUUGUGGAGUUCGACAGAAUUGACUCUGCAAUUAAAGCCAUCAUAGAUCUAAAUGGACGCUAUUUUGGUGGUCGAGUGGUGAAGGCGUGUUUUUAUAACCUCGACAAGUUCCGGCGAUUAGACCUGGCGACCGACGUAGACAUGUUGACCUAGUGAAUGCUGGGUAGCAAUGUUUAAGGACACAAAUCAAUAUAUAGAUAUGAAACAUGCUCUGGGAAAACAGGGCUUAAUGCAUGUGCAUACCAUGUUGUCCCAGUUUAGUCUGUGCAGUCCGCAAAGGGGAUAACCUUUUCUGCUUUAAUGCAAUUUCUAGAAAGUCUCUUUUAAACAAAAAUCCAGUUUAGGCAGAAAGAGGUCAGUCUAAUAUAGGACAUGAUUUUAAGCACAUGCAAUAAGCCCUGUUUUCCCAGAGUGAGGCCCGUUUGUUUUACGAUGGUAUAUUGUUUCCAUUACAUUAAGUGAGGCAAAUCUUUUAAGAAAUCAAUGAUAACUGUACUGCUGUAAUAGAAAAUUCAGUGUCAAUUGAUUUAUACCAAUUUUGCAGGACUAUUAGUGGAAAUGUUGCAUUAAUGAAGAAAAAUCAUAUAAAUAAAUUGUAUCAGAACAGCUGAAAAUUUAGGUUUUAAAUAUGUUUUAUAAUGGUGGAACAGCUGUUUAGUUGGAGAGGAUUGACCCAAAUCACAUUUUUGCUAGUAUCAUUUUGGUACAAAAAAUCCCAGAUGAAUUGUAUAACAGCAUAAUGUUGACUUGAGGCAAAAAUAAAACUUUUUUAAGGUGUAAGGAAUGUUCAGUUCUCUUUAAGUGUUGAAAGUUUUUAAAGUAACUAAUUGUUUGAUUUCUCACUGUGGCAUUUGCUCAUGUGAACUUUAAAUUCAAAGCGUGGCAUUUGCUCAUGUGAACUUUAAAUUCAAAGCAUUCUAAUUUGUCCUUGGCGUGAAGGUAUGUUUUUGUCAACCAAUUGAGUUGGGCAAUUGUAUGCUUUUUCAUUUUUUGAAGUGAAUUCAUACUAAAUUUUUCUUUCUGUAGACAGUGCUUUGAAAUCGGCAAUUAAAAAAUCAUUUAUUAAUAACAGGCAAUAUAUUUGGUGUAUUUGUCACUACUGGGACAUGCUCCAAUUUUGUCCAGAAAUAUGGUCAAUUUUUAAUUUUGCACAUUAUGGCACUUAUAGAGCACAAUGUAUCCUCCAACAUUUUCGAGGGAUUUUGACCAAUAUUUAAGAGAACUUUUGCAAGGGUUGUAGCAAAUAAUAAGUUGCCUCACCGUAUCUUAAAUUAUGAAGUCACAAAGUUCAAGGUCACCAGGUGAUUGAGUACUAAUGUUUGUUUUCCCUACUUUGUAACUAGAACAAUUGAGGACAAUUUACUUACCAGUCUGUUCUUAAGAAUAUACAUUAACAUGUAUUUAACUCGGUUUUAUAAAACACAACUCACUCUAUAUACUUUUCAGCGUUUGUUUAUUAUAAAAUACAACAUUCUGCAUAAAUAAGCAGUAAGGAAUUCAACCAUGAAAAGCAAAGAGUUUUUGUAACAGUUUUUGUAACAUACGAAAGAAUAUAAGAUGGUAUUUGUUACAAAUAAAUAUACCUAUACCAUUGUUUAGAAAACAAAGAUUGUCAUUUUAAGUAAUAAUGUGUUAUGUAUGUUUGAUUUUGUAUAUAUUGUGACAAUGUUUACAUUGUCCAUGGUCACAAUGUUCAUGAAAUAAAAUUAUAAACAAU